AUGGAAUCGGAUGCCACCGCCGCGGAGCUCGCGGAAGUCGAUUCGCCCCUGUCGUCGCCGACGUCGGUGGCGGGCCUGGGCGUCCUGCGGCGGCGGUCUCUGUUCCUGGACAAGGAGCAGAGCCCGGUGCUGUUCAGAUCGGGCGACCUGUCCCCGCGCGGCGCCAGGGAGCAGCAGCGCCAGCAGCGCCUGGCCGCGAUGCUGCUGGAGCGCGGCAAGGCGCGGGACGCGCUGCAGCUCGUGGAGAAGGCGCUGCCCGGGAGGCCGGACGACACAAACUGGAUCAGCCUGCGAGGGCAGUGCUACUUGAAGAUGGACAGCCCGCCGGCGGCAUAUGCUUGCUUUGUGUCAGCAUUGAAACUGGACCCUAAGCACGUGGACUCCCUGAUGGGAUUGGCGGCGCUCUACAAUACCAAGGAGAUGAUGCAGGAGUGCAUCGAUGCGGCCACGAAAGCACACAACCUAAGACCUGAGGACAAGAUGAUCAGGGAGAUGCUGGCAAUAGCUUUGAUGGACAUGGGGACCAAGCUGAAGAUAGCAGGGGACAUGGACAGGUGCAUUGAGAACUACAAACGUGCUCUGGAGGUGUGUGAAGACUACGGCCCUGCUUGUUACAACUUAGGGGUGGUGCACUAUGAGCUGAAUGAGAAAGACAAGGCACUGGAGUAUUACAAGAAGGCUGCUGAGCUACAGCCCAACUACGCACAGGCCCACUGCAACAUGGGGGUAAUCCACAAAGAGCAGAGCAACCUUGAACUGGCUAUUCAGUGCUACGAGAAGGCACUCGUGUGCAACCCGAACUUCCAGACCGUGCACAACAAUCUGGCCACUGCACUAUCAGAGUUGGGCACAAAGCUGAAGAUGGAAGGAAAGUUUGAUGAGGGUGUAGCGAUGUAUGAGAGGGCCUUGGGCCACAAUCCAAAGCAUGUCCAGGCGGUGUACAACCUUGGGGUUGCGUAUGGAGAAUCUGGCCACCUGGACAGAGCAAUCUUCAUGAGAAGGCAAUACACUGCUACACCACUGCAUUGCAGAUCAGGCCAAAUUUUCCACAGAGUUUGA